AUGUUGGAUACGGACUAUAAGAAGGCUCAAAAAUUUGAGAGGGGAUUAGAUUUGGAUGUGUUUGAUCGAGUAGGCAUCCUGAAGUUGCCUACUUAUGUGGAAGUAUUUGAUAGAGCAUUGAUGGCAGAGGCCACUCUAGCAGCAAAGAAACAAGUUAAAGCUCUAACAACGGAAUGGAGAGGAAAGAGACGCGGCUUCAAUUUCAGAAAGGGUCGGUCAUUUUCAAAGAAGCAAAACACGAGAUCCUCCAGUAGCUCGAGUCAGAGUAAUGGAACUAUUCCAGUUUGCCCUGAUUGUAGAAGAAAGCAUAAAGGAGUGUGUUACCAUGCAUCAGGAGCCUGUUACCGGUGUGGCAAGGUUGGCUAUAUAAUGAAAGAUUGUCCACUUGGGGCCGAGAAUGCCAAUCACCCCGCAGAAAGUUUGGCCAGAUCUGCUUCUGUAACAAGGUCAAAUGUUAGAACUAAUGUCAGAGGUAACACUGGAAAUGUGACGUUAAGGCAAUGGAGAGUAUUCGCACUGGUGCCUGGAGACGUACAGAACACCGAGUCUGUGGUGUCAGGUAUAAUUUCCAUCUAUCCUCAAAAUGCGUAUGUCUUGAUAGAUUCUGGUUCUUCACAUUCGUUUGUGUCGCGUGCCUUUUCUCGAAAACUGACUAGACCUUUAGAACCCAUGAAUUAUUUAUUGUUUGUAUCUAUGCCAUUCUGGGGCUCUAUGGUAUGCGCUUAUGUUUAUCUAGCAUGUGAUAUUGUGAUUGGUGAUAUGAUAUUGUAUGUUGAUUUAUUACCUUUGGGAAUUGAUCAUUUUGACUACAUAUUGGGUAUGAAUUGCGUAGUUCCUCCCCCGUAUUUGAUUUCUGCCAUGAAAGCUAUUAAACUGCUUAGGAAGGGGUGUAUGGGCUAUAUGUGUUAUGUUUUGACUGAGACUUCUGAUUGUUCUAAUGUGGAAACUAUUCUUGUUGCUUGUGAAUUUUCUAAUGUGUUCCCGAUAGAAUUGCCUGGAGACUUAAUUGAUAAAGAAAUUGAAUUCACCAUCGAUGUACUACCUGGAACACAACCAAUAUCCGAAACCCAUACAGAAUGUCAACUUCUGAAUUGA